GGAAAUCCUUAAAGAAGACGAAUCUGGUUCACUAAAAGCUACCAUUGAGGACAUUCUUUUCAAGGCUAAGCGAAAAAGACUCCAGGAACACCAUGGACAGGUUCGACUCGGGAUGAUGCGUCACCUUUAUGUGGUCAUUGAUGGAUCAAGAACUAUGGAGGACCAAGACUUAAAACCCAACAGACUUACUUGCACUUUAAAGUUAUUGGAGUAUUUUGUUGAAGAGUACUUUGACCAAAAUCCUAUUAGUCAGAUUGGCUUAAUUGUAACAAAGAGUAAAAGAGCUGAAAAAAUGACAGAACUUUCAGGUAACUCAAAAAAGCACCUAACUGCUCUGAAGAAAGCAGUAGAUAUGAACUGCCAUGGAGAGCCAUCUCUAUAUAAUUCCUGAAAUUUGGCUAUGAAGACUUUAAAGCACAUGCCAGGACAUACAAGCAGAGAGGUUUUGAUAGUCUUCAGCAGUUUGACAACAUGUGAUCCAGCCAACAUCUAUGAUCUAAUUAAGUGCUUAAAAGCGGUUAAGAUCAGAGUAUCUGUCAUCGGUCUAAGCGCUGAAGUUCGAGUUUGUACUGUGCUUGCCCGAGAAACGGGUGGAACAUACCACGUUAUUUUAGAUGAAAGUCAUUAUAAGGAACUGCUGAUGCAUCAUGUUAGUCCUCCACCUGCCAGUUCAAGUUCUGAAUGCUCCCUUAUUCGAAUGGGUUUUCCUCAGCACACUAUUGCUUCUCUAUCUGAUCAAGAUGCAAAGCCAUCUUUUAGCAUGGCUCAAUUGGAAAACAACAGUGAGCCAGGUCUUACGCUGGGUGGAUAUUUCUGUCCCCAGUGCAGAGCCAAAUAUUGUGAACUUCCUGUGGAAUGCAAGAUCUGUGGUCUUACAUUAGUUUCUGCACCUCAUCUGGCUCGGUCUUACCAUCACUUGUUCCCUUUGGAUGCCUUUCAGGAAGUUCCUCUGGCAGACUAUCAAGGGGAGCGGUACUGUCAAGGCUGCCAGGGAGAAAUGAAAGAUCAAAAUGUUUACAUAUGUAAAGUAUGUCAGAAUGCAUUUUGCGUGGAAUGCGACUUGUUUAUUCAUGAUUCUCUACACUGCUGUCCUGGCUGUAUUCAUGAGCACCCAACUCCAGCAUCUGUAUGAUGCUGCCUCUUAUUAGAAGCUGUCAUCUCUGUUUCAUUUUUACAUAAGUCUGUUGUGUUUAUUCAGCCAGAGCUCUCACUGAAGCACAUCAAAACAAGAAGAAAGGUGUAGAUGAAUACAAAAGGAUGAAUGCUGUCUUGGGAGCCAAUUU